UGCUCGCCGGCCUGUAAAGAUGGCGGCGGCGGCGUCGUCGUCGUCGGCGGCGGACAUGGAGUGGUCGGCGAGGGACAAGCGGCAGGGCGCCGAGCCGGUGGAGCAGUACCGCAGCUUCUCGGAGAGCGACCGGCACUGGUGGCCUCGGCGGCAGUUCAUCCUCAGGCACAUGCAGGCCUACCCCGGCAGCAAGAUGGAGCAGCUCCUGGCCCUCUCCGUGGUCUGGACGAACCACAUCUUUCUGGGCUGUAGGUACAGCCCAGACCUUAUGGAAAAGGUCUUUCAGAUGGCAGAAGGCAUUGAUGUUGGUGACAUGGGAUCAUAUGAGUUGGUUCCUGGGACCACCACCAAUAAGAGAUCCAAGGGUGAAGACAAUGUGUUCAAAUUGAUGUCACGGGUUGAAUCUCAGCCCUGCUCCACUGUCCAUUCAACGCAUGACAUCGUCCACUGUAACAGUUCAGAUGUAGAGAGUGGUGCAACAUAUGUUGGCAAUAACACUUUAGGUGAAGAUCCAACUGCAAAACGGAAGCCCCCAUUAUUCCGUCCCAGAUUUCGUUUUGAGCCAGUUACAUUUGUCAGCAGCAGCAUCAAGGAGGAUGAAAUCCUGGAUAUAGACGAAACUGACCGUCCUCGACGCUGGGCAGAUAUGGACGAUGUUGUAUUACCUUCACAGAUCUCCAUUAAAGAGGAGAAGAACACAACAAAGGCAGAAUCUUCUCCAAUUUAUGAUGUGGACAAUUGUAACAAAAGUGUAAAUGGCCCACUGUUUUCUGCCACUCCUAAGAAUUCAUUUGAUUAUGACACUUUCUACAAAGGCGUCUUUGGAGGUGCAAAUGAGAGCAAAGGUAGCAAUUGCAUGAAAGGGUUAGGUUCCCUGAGCAGUUACAUGUCUAAAAUACAAGAAAACUAUUGUGCAAAGUAUGAAGCUUAUCAUUCCAAUCCAUCAGAGCGUUAUCCAACGAUGAAAGGACCAGAUUUUUCUAAACCUGCAGUUGGAAAUAAGCAAGGCUACAAGGGUCUGGGCUUCACUCAGACCAAAAAGUCAAAGGGUAGGAAGUCUUCCAAGAAAAGUGCCAGUAAGUCGGCAAAAUCAGGAUCCCUCACAUCUUUGUUAGACGAGUCUUCAACUGAUGGACUUUCUCCAUCUGCGAUAAAGAACAAACAGCACUUUUUUAACAUGCUCCAGAUAGCUGUUUCCAGGAAGCUUAGUACCAUUGGGGGCUUCAGUAACCAGUUGAAUCACAGUGAUGUACUAAGCAACUGCAUCCAGACGUGUAAAACAAAUCCUCAAUAUUUCUAUGUCUCGCUGAAGGAAAUUCCUCCAGCUGAUGUCCCAAGAAAUAAGAAAAUGUUAAGUGACGGCUAUGCCUGUGAGUUGAGGUGCCAGGGUGUUUACUUAUCUACAGGCUAUGCAGGCAGCAAAAUUGGAGCAAGAGAUAGGGCUUCUGAGCAAGCCUUAAAAUUGUUCUUUAAAGAUGUGGUAGUUGAGCUUAUGAAGCGCAAGUGUAAAACCAGUUACAUCGAUGACUUAGUAUUGUGCGAAAAGAACACAACUCGAAAUGACAUUCCUCCAGCUCUCAAAAAGCCCGAUGAAAAAAUGCCAAGCAAGGACCCGAGCAGUAAAACAAGUGAAUCCAAGCCGAGCCACCUGCAUACGAAGGAUUACAAAAAGCGACACUGGACUGAAUUUGUCAUUUUAGAGACUGCGAAAAAUGCUGUGUGCAUUCUUAACAAUUCUGCUCAAUUCAACAGAAUGGCGGUGGAUUACAAGUUUCAACAGACACCCAAUCAAGUUUGGCAGUGUCGUGUUUUUAUAGAAGAUCAUUUUAUUGCCGAGGCUUACGGAACCAAGAAGCUGGUGAAGCACACAGCAGCAGACAAGGCUCUGGACAUCCUGAGGCAAACCCAACCCAUUGUGAAAUCAAGCAAACCAGGAAACGCUGACGCAGCCAUCUCCAGAAGUGCAAUUCUCGGACGGUCAGCGGAGGAAGCUCUUAAACAAAAGAUCACAGAGGAUAACAUUGGCAAUCAGCUUUUACGGAAAAUGGGUUGGAAGGGGGGUGGCUUAGGUAAAGAAGGUGAGGGUAUUGCAGAACCAAUCAUGGUAAAAGAACAGUUUAGGAGGGAAGGCCUGGGUUUAGAGAUGGCCAAGGGUAAUUCUAAAUUAAAUAAGCGAGAUAUAGAAGACCUUAUCAGAAAUUACGCCCGCUCAGAUAGGCAGGAUGAGCUGACCUUCUCCAAGGAGCUGAACAACGACGAGAGGAUGCAGAUCCAUCAGAUAGCUGCCAAAUAUGGCCUCAAGAGUAAAUCCUAUGGAAAAGGAAGGGAGCGCUAUCUAGUUGUGAGCAGAAAAGUACGUGUUGAUGAUAUUAUGAACCAGCUUGUGCAGGAAGGACAGGUUGGCCGAUUUGAAUUGGUAGUGCCAGGCUGUUCAUAUUGAUGCAAAACGCCACCUAAUUUUUAUUUAUGUGCAGCUUUCUUCAAACUUUUGUCCAGUAAUCUGAAUUCAGUUUUCAGUUAUUGUAAAUGAUUUCUGAUUGCAAUAGAAGUUUAUUUACAGUUGUCAUGAGGUGAGGUAGCUGUUCAGAACAAGGCAUCACAAAUGGACUGGGUCUUAGUGUUCCUGCAUCACUUUUUCAUAGUCUAAGAAUAAUUGUUUGUUUGUGUUAUUUACAAAAAAGGUAAUAAACUAUGCCACUGUUGAAAUGACUAACCGCAAACUCUCUUAACGAUUUUAUGUUAUGUUUUAUCUCAGUUUAAAAGGAAGGGGAAUCACAUUAAAAUUAUGACGGUUGAUCUUAACAACUGCUAUUCAAUAUUGUUCAUUUCUUCAGAUUUGUUCUAUUGAAAUGCUGAGUCCCAAACUCCAAUCUAUUAUUUCUUUUUCAGAUUUUAGUUUUUUUAUUUUGUUUCAGAUCUAGGAUCUGCAUUUUUUCUUUAUUUCUACUUUCUAUUUCUCUUUAAGUUUGUCAUGUACCCCUUACACACUGUCUUCAAAAUCCUUUUAAAUACAGGUUCUUAUUAGAAAGCUGGAUGGCAAAUUAUUGUCCAAAAAUUAUUCAUAUUAACUAUUUUAUCUUUAGUUUCAGUGCUGCUACAGUGACUUCACCAUCCGGGGAAACUUUGCAAAUGAACAACCAGUUCUAUUUCCUGGUUCAGAUUCUUCCAUGGUGUAAUAUUUGAACAAUAAGGAAGUAUUAAAUUGUAGCUAGUUCAA